GGCAGCCCUGAUUCUUAGAUUAUGGAUCCUUCUCAGCUGAAUUUGAAUGAACAACACUCUGGUCUCUACUAGUAGUUUAGUAGUACUAGUAUCAUUUAACAUUGUUAUUUACUAUUUUGUUGGUUUAGUAAGUAAGUAGUGAUGACAUAUUAUUAUUAUCAUCAGGAAAUGAGUUGAAGCUUAGCCUCUGUGUAGACUAGUCUAAAGACUAACGUGACUAAAGACUAAAUGAAAAUGAAUUUAUGAUAUAUUAUUUGUACCCGGAUACUAGAAGUGUGAGUUUGGGAUUAAAAAACGAUUUAAAAUUUUAUUGUUGGGCUUGUAAGACAAAAUGAGAUAUCAAAUGAAAGAUAAUUGAAUGGACUAUAUAUUUGUAAACUUAAUUCUCCAGUUUAAAUAAAAUAAACUACCACAAAUGACAUCCGAAUAACACCGAGUUAAAAUGGACACGUAGCGCCGCCAUUCGCACCCGGGUACCAUUAGUCUCUGGCUAUUCGGAUGUCAUUUGUGGUAGUUUAUUUUAGUUAAAAUGAAGAAGUAAGUUUACAAACAUAUAGUCCUUUCAAUUAUCUUUGAUUUGAUACCUCAUUUGGUCUUACAAACACAAAAAUAAAAUUUUAAAUAGUUUUUUUAAACCCAACCUCUCACUUAUUCACUUCUUGUACCCGCGUACGAAUAGCCACUUCGAUUAUGUAUUAUAAUAUAUUAAUAAUUUUAAAUAAUAAUAAUAUUAUAUUAUAUAUAUAUUAAAACUAAAACUUAAUUACAGUACAGCCAUAUGUAGUGUAUUUGUAUAGUAUAACUUACUCAAAUAUAUUUUAUAUCAUUUGUUAACUUAAUAUAAAAAAUAUAUAAUUAUAAUAUAUUAAAUUAUACUCAUUUAUUUUCCAGAAUUCUAGGAAAGAUUUCAUAUUUCUGAAACAAUGAUGUGGUAUCAUAGGCAGCAAAUUGAAAUUAAAAUAUUUAGGUUUAACUAAAGCAUCAAUCCUCAAGAAAAAUAGCAACAAUGAAUAUAAAACUAAUUUUUAAAGAAAUAGCAAAAAGAAAUAUAAUUAGUUACUUAUCCCUAAUUUCUAGAAUGAUUUGGAGGUUAAUCAAAUUAAAUUUAAACGAAAAGAUUUUAACAAAUAAAAAUAAUUAUUAUAAUAUUAAAAUUGAAGUUGAAGAAGUUCAAUCUCUUAUAUCUAAAAUAAUCAUAAAUGAAAAUAAUUUUACAGCAUUCAAUGACAAAGUCAAAGCUGAAUUAACUAAACAGUUAUCAAAUUAUUUUAGGCAAAUUUGUUUAGACGAAGCUGUAGUUCACCGUCACCCUAAACUGCUUUUUUCUUUGGAAAAAGAAAAAAUCUGUAUUACACCUGAACAAAUUAGCUUUUUCUUUGGAUAUGGAAAACCUUCGGAAUUUAAAGUUUGUGAAGAUAGUAGAUUAGUUUUAGAAAUAGUGCAUGCUAAAGGGACAUACUUUGAUAAAAAUGAAUAUGAAAGUAAUAAGAACAAAAAUGAUGAAUCAACUUUGCUUUCUGAUCUGUUAAGAAAAAGACACUUCCAAAUCAAGCAACACAAUUUAUUGGUCUACAUGCAGCCAAGUGUUGAACAAUGGCACCCUGUCAGUAUUGAUGACAUCCCAUGGGCUUGGUUAAAGGAAGAAAAAUGGAGGCUACAUACAUUUGCAAAGUAUCCUCAAGUUUCUGCAAAAUCUGCACUCUUGUUGGCUGCAGAUGGGUUUGCUUACAUUGGUGUAGGAAGAGGUUUAGACGACAAUGUAAUAUGCUAUUUCUGCUGUGCUACAAAAAGCAAUUGGCGCCCUACAGAUGUGAUCUCCAAUGUUCAUAAACAGCUUUCACCACAAUGUCCUAUGGCCACUGGAAUAAACUGUGACAAUGUUCCUAUGACGUGUCCUAAUGGCGGAUCUGCUCUUUUUAAUAAGAUUUAUGGUCAGCAAAGGUCUUCAAGCGCUGCUGCCGGCAGCCCAAAACAAAAAAAUGAUAAUGAAAUUGAAACAGACAGCAUCAACCAUGUCAACCACGACACUAACAGAAGAGACAUGGCAUCGGCCCCAUCAAGUAAUUUAACCUCAGGUAGGAUCUUUGCCAACAACAGUAUCAGCAGACCACCAUUACAGCAACAAGCACAUGCAGAGCAUCAUGAUGCAGAUGUCACAACUUCACACCAACCUUCGGAAAAUGAUGCACCGUCAAGUACAGUAACAUCCAGUAAUUUAACUGCCUGGCAGUCAUUUGAGUCAAACAAUGACAUCAGAUUCCAGCAACCUGUUAGGCAGUCAGCAAAUGGUAAUAACAGACCAGUCCCUGCCCCCUCUGCUGGUGCAGCGAGCUCAUCUUCAAGCACGCCGGAUCGGACAAACUCUACUAAUGCAAGAACUGGAUCACGCCCUUCAAACCCUAAUCCUUCAAUUUCACAAACUGUAAACGGAACGAACAACCCACAAUCACAGACCACUGGUGCUCCAUCUAGUAGCGCAGGGAGUCAAGUAUCAGGUUCUUGUACCAAACCAGAAGGCCCCACCUAUGCUCAACUUGGUAUUAUUACAGAAAGGCCAAAGAGAUAUGAAUAUGCUGUGAUAACCAAGAGACUUGAGACAUUUGAGCACUGGCCUAGAGAUCAUCACUUGAAAAAAGAAGAUCUGUCAGAAGCUGGAUUUUACUAUGCAGGUUUGUAAAUUAUUUUUAUAUAGACAUUUUGUUUAUUUAUUUAAAAACUUCAUGUUGAUGGUGUUAACUUCCAAGGCAAUGUUAAUUUCUAGUUUGGAAAUAUAUGUCUUUUUACUACUGAUUAUCCCACUUGUUAAACCACAUUUAUUCAGAUGAACUUGUAAAAUCCAGUAUCCCCGGUACCAAUUUAAUUGUGAUAUUGCUUCACGAGCGUUCAAUAUUUCCACUUAGACUUUUAGUUGCUCACCCCUGCACUGGAUGUUGUGGGAGAGGCCAGGGUAUCAGGAGAGUCUUACGUUACAAUUAUGUUAUAUGGCACAGACCAGCAGAUGGAGCUGGUUGCCAAUGUACUAGCCAUGGUUUUAAUAGCGUAAGCUCAAGCCUCAACCAGAAUAUGUAUGUUAGUUGCUCACCCCAGGCAAUAACACUUGAAAAUUCAUACAUGUGAUGCAUCUGUAUAUGGCUUAAUCAUAAACAUAUUUGUAAAAUCAUACAGCAUGCGCCAAAACUAACAGUACCAAAACUCCUGCAUCGUAAUCACUUACUUGCCUUUGUCAAUGGUGCAUAGCUACAGCUGCCAUGUGACCAUCGUGAUUAUAUGUUUGGCAGUUGUUGGAGAUGGAUCUCUUCCACGGAGUAAAAAUAAUAGAGCAAAAUUUUCGCUCAUACUUUAGUGAACAUAAAUAGUGAUUGCGUUUGAUAAAAUUUAUAACAAUUACAAUAGAGAUUAUAAUAUUUUUUUAAACGGCAACAAGUAACACGGCUCUGGAUAGGUAAAAUAUCAAAUGUAGGACUAAUAAGUUAAUGUGACUUACUUUAUAUCCACAUACACCGUAGCCAUAAAUCUCCACAAUAAACAAUCGAUGAACAUAGUUAAGAUGAUGUUCAGUUUGAAAGAUGUUCCUCAUAGAAUUUGAAAGGGUGAACACAGCAGCUUCUGGAGAAUGGGGUGUGAUCCUCUUUUUUAAAAAUAUUUACUGUUGGCUAGACUUCCUCUUCCGUUGAUACAAUACACUUUCAUAAUGGUAAAAUUUAUAACUGUAGACACCACUGUGUGACUUGGUGCGGUCUUGUUAAAUCUCAAUUUGAAUUGUUCUGCCACCUUUUUUUCCAUCGCAAUUACUUAAAUUCCUUACGUUGGAGCAAAAAUUGUACUCAUCCCUGGAAAUAUUUUUAUCUGUAAACAACAGCCCAGCAAAAUUUCAUUGACACCACAGGGAAAACGGGGGAGCUGCAGCUUUGCACCAUUGACAAACUCAUGUAUGUGUGCAAUAUACUGUUACUUUUGGCGCAUGCUGUAUAAUGCAUGACAAGAACAAGAAUGAUAAAUAAACUAUUUGAGUUUAUUUCUCUGUUUAUGAAAUUUUCUAUAUAUAUUAUGUAUUGUAAGCCAGAUGGCCCAUUGCGCCUGACUCCUUCACAACAUAUUCUCCUGUUAAUGCUAUAAAAAGGAUCUUUAAAUGACUAUUUGUAUUCAUCUGAUUAAAAAAAAAAUCAAAAUAGGUUAUGGAGACUGUGCACGUUGCUUUUACUGUGGUGGAGGAUUGCGCAAUUGGGAAGCCGAAGAUGACGUAUGGGUGGAACAUGCCAGAUGGUUUCCUAAAUGUGCCUUCAUCCGCCAACAGAUGGGUCAAGUGUUUGUUGAUACUGUGCAGGAAUUAAAUAAGGAUUAUGAUCAGGUGAGGACACACAUCAAAUUUAUCAGCUGAAAUGUUAUUGUACCAGUGGUUUGGUUUUUUUAAGGUGUGUUUGAAAUAUUAAAUAUUUUAUUACCCUAGUAUUGUAACUUGAAUCAAAUUGUUUGCUAUUUUCUUUAAUUUGCUUUUAUCAAGAUUCCUUUUGCAAUGGUGUCCAAUAAAAUAGGAAAGCCAGCAUCUGUAUUUCAUUUAGGUAAGUUUUAUUUUGUUAAAUAGCUCUAGUAUGGUUUAUAUAAAAAAAAAAAACCUUGUAUUAACCAUUUUUUUAAAAUCCUUGUAUCAGCUUCAGCCCAAAUCUCUAACUCAGUAACUCUAACUUAGUCAAUCUAAGCUUGUAUUAAUGAGUGUGUAGCACAGUGUUAUGUUACUCAACAUCAAUAACCUAGUCAGCAAUAAAUAAUAUAGAUGUGCCAAUAGUAAUGCAAAAAAAUUAUAAGUUAUUAAUCGCUAAUAAAUUCUGUUUUUUAAACAACUUAAAAUGAAAUCUCAUGUACUCUAACAGACUCUAAAGACACUCCUUUGAAACGAGAUGCAGCUGUGAGGACUGUCGUGGAAAUGGGAUUUGACUUGAAAGAUGUCAUCAGUGCAGCUGAGGCAAUAAAGGAUGAAGGUGACUUUAUGUUCAAAGACAUAUUUUCUCAAUCAAACUGGUGGUGAUUAAAAAAAAUAGAAACCCAAAAUAUUUGUAAAAAUUAAAAUUUAAGUAACAUUCAAAAUGAAUCAAUUAAAAAAAAUAUUUAAAAUCUUAAUAAAUAAUGGAAUGUAUAUGAUAAACAUAUUGAUGGCUGAUUUAAUUUUAAUAAUAGGAGCCAAAAUGAUCAAUAAAUUGAUUGUGGCCCUUAAGAUAUAGAAGAAGAAGAAUUUUUAUUUCAAUCAUAUGAUCUUGAUUACAAAAAAAAAAAUCGGUGAAAAUAAAAAUAGGAAAUACCCAAGCAGUAGAAAAGAAAAGUUAUUCUAGUGUUACAUAUGUCUACAUUCAAGGAUAUUUUAAUUUUAUUCUAUAUUUUUCAUUACAGAAAACCCCUUUAAAUGCUAAGAUACAAUAUUUCUAUAUUACAUAUAUGCCAUGCCAAAUAACAAAAGUAUAAUUACUCAUUACAGCUACCAUACUGUCUGCAGACAGGAUUUAUGAAAAAUUACUGCAAGAAAAUAGAAGCAGGAACGCAAAUGUACAGCAUUCAUCACAGGAUAUUAGCUCCACAGAUGACGUAGCAAAAAAUUUAGGUAAUUAUGCUGAAUAAACUGUUAGGUAAUCAAAAUAAAUCAAAUGGGAUUUUUAAUUUGAUCCCUGUGCUAGUACAGGUUCUAUUUCUAUAUCAUUCAGGCCUUAAGUUUAUCAGCGACAAGGAUACAAACCAUUCUCUGACAAAGCAAUGUGAUGUGAUCAGUGAAUUAUGACCUCCCUUUUUAGGCAGAAACUAUGUUUGAAAUGUAUGCCAAAUUAUUUUUAACUGUUGAAAAAUUAUUUGUCUUUUUUAAGUAUUAUCUUAAAAUAUUUAAAAAAAGAUAGUUCAUUUUUAAAAAUCAACUUUUUAAACAUCUUUUUAACAACAAAAAUUUUUUUUUAGAAACAAUGAGAACUUUAAAAGAGCAAAACAACCAGCUUCGCCAGCAAACUGUUUGUAAGAUCUGUAUGGACAAAGAAGUAGCUGUUGUCUUUCUGCCCUGCGGUCAUCUAGUCUCAUGUAGUGAUUGUGCAGCUGCAAUGAAGGACUGUCCAGUUUGUAGAAAUUCUGUGAAGGGAGUUGUUAGAGCCUUCAUGGGUUAAUAAGCUGCCGGCAGAAUAUAACUAUCAACUUUUAGCUGAUAGAAUGUAACUAUCAACAUUUACCUCAUAAUCAAAAUUAAAUUAUUUGUAUUUUCAUUUAACAUGGGCAUUAUAAAAUAAGGCAUUAAAUUUUUUAAUAGUGUUUUUAUGAAUUUGCUACUAUUGUUUUUGUUUGCUAUUGUCAUGAUUAGAUUAUAAAUUUGAUAUAGGCAUACACACCAAGAAA